AUGGAGGACGGAGGAGAGGGGCGGGGAUCCUCUGGUAUUCGCGGCCCCGCUUCCUUCACGGUGGAGGAAUGGAGGGGUUCUUCCUCCUCCAAGCUCACCAGAACAGCCGUCAUCACCGCUGGCUCCUCCUCGCUCUCGCUUCGAAGGUCCGUCGCCCCCCGGUCUUGGAUUUCUCCCCUCUCCCUCAUCACCACCUCUGAUUCCGGCUGCCGCGAGGUCGCAAUUCCGUGGACUGAAAGUUAAGUUUCAGAUCGGGAAGCCGAUGGGGCGAAUUACGGAGGAAGAUCGUCGAGGCAUUCAUUCCCGAGGUAUGUGCGGUCGAUUAGAAGUGGUUACGUUCUCCGAUGGCUCGUUUGCUUCAGUCCACUUCCCGUGUCGGUUUUGCGUUCUCUAUUUUUACAUUUCUUAAAAUUCCCCAUGUGGCAUAGAUAUACAUAUUUAUUUAUUUUCUCAGUCUCAGAAGCUGUGGUGACUCGAACCUUUGUUCCCUCUUCAUCGUCAAUGCGAAGCUUGUGAAGUCCUUCAUAUCGUGUCUCGGAUAAAUUAUGGAACAUAAUUUUCCCUAAGAAAUUAUGGAUCAUCUUCUAGGACAUAAACACAAAGGCGGGGCUUCCUUUAAAAAAAUAUUUCGGGAAACUGCCUUCUGCUUCGAUAUUCUCAUUCUUCAUAACACACUCGAAGGAAACUUUAAUCAAUAUACUUUAAUUUUUUAGUCGGUUUUUUAUUUCAUGAUACCCUUUUUUUGUGCACCUAAUUCAAAUAUCCUGGUCAUGCACCACGUACAUCAGGCAGCAAAAAACGUCAGAUUUUUCUGAUUUUUUAAAAUGAUUAUAUUUUAUUUUCUUGCGUCUUGUUGUUGGUUGAGUUGGUCGAUAUGGUUUACGAGGAGACGGGGAAUCAAGACUUUUAUCUAUAUCCUUCUUCUUUCGAAUUCUUCUCCUUUUGUCUGUGGUGAUAGAGGAUCCAUGAAAUCUCAUAGCUUUGUAAUGCAGGGGUUUCCUGACAGUGUGACUAGCGAUUAUCUUCCUUUUCAGAUAUGGGACUCAUUGCAGGUGAUGUUUCAAUCUUUUUUUUCUUGGUCUUGUUGAAAUGCAGCAUCCUGUGCACUAAAAUUUAGAUGAUAUGACUUUAGGGGCUUUCUACUUAUAUCCGCUCAAUGCUUUCCACUCAAGUAAGUCCUGAACCAACUCUUCACGUUAUUGAAGGCUCAAUAUGUAGUUUUGGAUAUUUGUCUUUGGUUUCUUUGAGAUAUCAUCUUGUGUGUUUGCUCUAUAGGCUUUGUUGAGUGCUAUUGGUGUUGGUGAGAAAUCUGCUACUGUUCUUGGUGCUACAUUCCAGGUAUGUACUUUCGGUCUACCAGUUUUUUUGGUCAGAUUCAUCCUUUUCAUGGUAUUCAGCUUCUCACCUCCCUCAUACAGUUAGGUCAAGACAUAUCAGAUGAUAAAAGAAUUCAGCCUUUAUAUUUCCCGAGCCUGUAGCAUAUUUUGAUAGAAACAUUUUUUUUGGAUGCGCGAAAACUCUAAUCAUUUUCUGUUGAUCGCAAUACCGAUAACCAGAUCUAGAAACCCAUACCAUGUGUAUCAUAUUGGUGACACGGAUCUGAUGAUGAAGCACGAGCCAGUGAGUACGUGAUGUGAGAAGAAAAAAAUCCAAGGUUCCACUUAAAGAAGUUCUGAGUUGGGCGGAAAGAAUAUAAAGGCGUGAGAGGAAAGUAAUGAAAAUAUGAGAAGCACUAUGGUAUUCCUUAAGAUCAGUAUGUAUUAACAUCAAAUUUUUCAUGAUGCACCCUGGAAGAAAAUUGCUUCAAUUCUUGUGAUUAACAUUAAUGUUGGAGACAUUUACUGCAAGUAGAUCGCCUACACCACGACAGGAGUACCUGAGCAUAUAUGGCCGUCUGAAAAUAUUUCAUCAUCCACUGAAUAAUUUUCUUCGCUGAAACUCAUGUAUUACUAGUACUUUUUAAGAAAUAAUGUGGGAACAUGACAUAUAGAUGAUGGAUAAUAGAAUUUUUGUGCUGUCUAAUGAAUAAAGAUACUCAGCGUCAUCCUAUGACAAAGGUUACUGUGUUUCCCCUCGAAAUUAUCUCCAUAUCCUGUAGGUGAAGUAUCCACGCUUUUAAGGAGGGCUGAUAAAAGCUGACGAGACAUUGAUGUGCUGGGUCCGUACCAUCGAAAAGAUUUUGACUGCUUUAAUUUCAAAAUAGUCGAUAUGUGCAUGAUGAUGACAUGAAAAUUAAAGGUACUUGGAUUUUAGUUUUCUGGAAAGUUUGCGAGUAAACCGUAAUUACUGAUUGAGACUGGGGAACGUUGAGGAAUAUGAGAGUUCAGGGUGAGAAAACGAAUACUACAGCCUGAAACGAUUCUCUAAUACCGAUUCCUGCUGAAGAGCAGACCUGAUUUCCAAACCAAAACCAUUAUCAUUCUGAUUUGUGUUUGCAGUAUUGGUAAGAAAAAAAUAUAAACACAGUGCCAGACCUCGGAGCUACAGAGGUCACCACUUUUAUUGUUUUCAGUCUGAUGGUUUGGUCUUCAAGACACUAUGUGGAACAAUUCUGGAAGCGAAAGUAAAGAUUUGGGGUCACUAUGAUUAGAUGCGUCACUAAAUUAUAGCUGCUGAGAUGCGAACAUGGAGUGCCCUUUUCCCUUGGCGCACGCUACACACCUUCUGUUCGUAUCUCAGUACAUAUAAUUUAGGACCUAAUUGAUCAUGAAUUGAUGGCUUUACCUCGCUGUUGUAAGAAUUUGGGUGUAAGAUAUCUCAUUUGGGAGGAAUAGUAUUUUUUCUUCAUGGUUCAUUUGCACCUCUUCUUUGGGAAGCAGCUUGGUAUCUUCUCUCUUGAAUUUUAUUUUUUCUACCUUGGUAUCUUCUAAUGUGUAGAAUCUUACCAGUGGUUUUUGAGGGAUUUCACUGGGAUGCUUGGUGGUAUCUUAUUCACCUUCUAUCAGGUAAUUAGUCUUUAUUUGACUGUAUGUUUUAUCUUUCACAUUGCCCCUGAACUUUUUGUAUGUAUGGCCUUCUAAGUUUCAUAUUUAUUUGUCCCAUGAAAAUCGUUGAAACUUUUAUUUACUCUUAUAUAAAAAUAGGACACAGUAGCAACAGGCGUAUGGACUAAAAGUUCUGUUAAUGAAAGUCAUGUACAGUCCCUGGUGUACAAUCCAUGUGUUUUCAAUCUUCUACAAGAGCUUGCAUAAAACUCUUAAUCUUUCAUUUGAUUUUUUUCCCUCUUAUGAUGCGUACCUUCAUUGCAAUUAUUUUUGCUUAUUUUUCCUUAGCCAUUGAUUUCAUAUGGAACAUCAAAUGUAGCUCAAUAUUUUACAGCUUUAAGCCUUACAGACUUUAGGUUUUGAUAUUUUUCCUUUCAUCGUUUUUUUGAUGAAUAGUCAGUUCUCUUCUCUUUCAGGGUUCUAAUCUUGAUAGCCAUGCCAAGAUGUGGCGCUUAGUUGCAGAUUUUAUGAAUGACAUUGGUAUAUUCUUCAAUCUUUUCAUCUGUAUAGUUAUUUUAAUUGUGUGUACCUGUUUUUUUAAUAAAUUUUAGUAUUAAUGAAUAUAACUUAUAUUUUUUUCGAUCCUCAUUAAUCUAAAGCAAAGAAUUCACGGUUUUGCCAGCUAUUCCUCUGCUUCUCGGGAGCUUGAAUUUAUGAAAUAUGAAUUUUGAAUUAAAUGAGUUUCAAGAAUUCAGAUGAUUGAACAUUUGUGUUGGAGAAAAUAUGGUCACGUGAAACAGUAGAAAAUCUUAAACUCUGUUGUCAUUUGAUCGUCAAAUUUGCCAAUGGAAGUUUAAAUCUUUGUGGGUUUUAAAUCAGUGCCGGUGGUGCUAACUUCAAAACGUUGCAUAUUUCAUAUAUUCUUACAACCGAAAAUUCGAAUUUACUAUGAGACGUGCCGUUGGGAAUUCUGAUUAUUCCCCUGCCGACAAGGGGGUUGUCUGUGGGCAGGCAUCUAGACUAGAAUUAUUACCCAUGACAGUGGUCCAUAACAGGAGAAAUACAAUAUCCAUCCUAGCAAGGCCUGAGCUCAAAUUAAGCUAGACAGACCUCGCGCUACAACAUUAAACAAUGCGACGUUUUUUAACUGUCAGUGAUCCUUCUUGGGUAGACCUAAGGUUGGCAAAAAAUAUUGUCUCCUCGUUAACGUUAUGGUCGCAUCCUUAGGAACUUGCUGGGCCCAGAGAGACACUGUAGCUUGUUGAAAGCCCUUAUGUGCCCCAGGCUUUAUACACUAACUUUUCCAGCUACUAUUUGAGGUGUCUGAGAUCAUGAUUUAUUGUGCUCUUAGCUCCAUAUUCAGUUGACUCUGAGUUAUUCUGUUACUAAUCACUUUCUUGACUUAGAACCUUAGUGAUGAUAUGCACUUUCCUGUAAAUUUAAUCAUUUUGAUUACUUCUCUAUGUGUUUCCCCUAUCAGACGUCUGCGAAAUUUCUUACCGCAUUCCUUUGAUUUGGCUGCAGGAAUGCUGAUGGAUCUUAUUUCUCCGUUAUGGCCCUCUGCCUUGAUUGCUAUAGUUUGUCUUGGGAGCUUGUCAAGAUCAUUCAGUAUGUCCUAUCUAUUCUCAUCACCCUGAAAGCUUACACGUUCUCUUCUGCUGUGAAGAUUUCCUUUAUCAGGAUAUUUUAAGAAAUAAAUACUGAAGUAUUUUUUCUUUCAUUUUAUUUACUGGGCUGGAUGUGACAAGCGACACCUACGAAAGUCGAAGAUUUCUCGGAUAUUCCUUGUAGCUCAUUGUACUUUUGAUAAGUAAGCUGUAUCGUGCUUUCUUCAGGGGAAAAAAGCCAGUAACCUAGCCUUCCUGAAAUCAGUUUUGGAUAUGCCGCAGUGAGAUCCCAAUUGAUUUAUAGAAACUGAGAUGAUAUUUCUUAGGUUCUGCUUCUCAUUUUUAUUUCUAUGUCAGUGAUGAUGAGAGGAACCUACAUCUUGAAGUUUGAAAAAUUCCUUCCAGAGACAUCUAUCUGCUUGGACUUACCUAGUUUCAUGAACCAACUGCGGUAUCUGGUAAAAUUAUUUAAAAGCUGUCCUCCCUGCGAACUUUUCGUUUUAGCUAACCCUCAGUCUGAGUUCCUAAUUUUGUAGGAAAAGGGCAAACAUAUAUGUCAUUAUUGACGGUUUUGGUGAGAAAAAGAUAAUUUUCAAUUAUGAAUAUUGUAUGCACCCUAAUGGGACCAGCAGCUAUGAAGUGCUCUGGAACCGUCAUCUAAUUUUCCAGUGGGGCGAAUCGCACCCAGUACACAGCUUUGAAGUGAGUGCCCAUGCAGGAACUAAGCUCUGCUCAGGCUGUUGUCUUCUUCUGAGUCCCUACUUAGUAUUUGAUAAGAAACUUAUACAUAAAGCCCUCAUAACAGUCUCUGCUCCAGUUGGGAUGAUGUGGUGGAUAUUGGAGCUUGUUCUCUGGUCACAAUACCUCAACUAUUUUUCUUGUAUUAGUUUAUUUGCCCACUUCGUAUCAAACUCACAGAUCAUGAGCUACAUAUAUUUUUACUCAGCUUUGAAAGCAAAAAAAAAGCUUGACUAGGCGCCUUCUUUUGUCCUAACCCCUUCGUCUCACGUCCAUGAUUAGCUGGUGUUGCUAGUGGAGCGACCAGAGCUGCUUUAACCCAACACUUCUCCCUCGAGAACAAUGCUGCAGAUAUUUCUGCCAAGGUCUGAGGAGAAUUUCCAUUUUCUGACAAAUCCACCACCGAAAUAUGAUGAACAUGCGCGCAUUAAUUGGCCCAUAAACGCUUUCGGAAAUUUGGCAGGAGGGGAGCCAGGAGACGGUUGCAACAAUGGUGGGUAUGGCAUUAGGGAUGCUCCUUGCUCAGGUUACAAGGGGGCGGCGUCUGGUCAUCUGGCUCUCCUUCCUUUCCUUGACUGUAUUUCAUAUGUUCGGUGAGUGAUCCCCAUCCAGCCGUCGGAUAUGAUCCAUUUUCUGUACUUUCAUUGCACACAUCAUAAUUUAAUUGAAGCAUGUGGAUUUACUAAUCAUGGAGAAAAUAUUUAGUCAAGCACUGUACAUUUGUCUUGCUCCUUUCCAGCAAACUACAUGGCCGUUCGAUGUCUCUCCCUGACGACGCUGAAUGAUGAGAGAAGCUGGUUGCUCCUGAAGCAUUUCAUGAAAACAGGAGAAGGUAAUGCUUCAGAUUCUUGAGCUUAAUUUUUUCAAAGAUGGUGUGGUCGCAUGUUGGUUAGUGGGGAAGAAAUUUCUGCGAAGUAUAGGCAUAUAGAUUACAACUGAGGUUAGGACCAAGCUAGAAGAGCCCUCCUCUCUGCCAGAAGGAGCUGUAGGAAGAAGCCUGAGCAGGAGAAGGACUCUGUCACCUGGUGCUGAAGGAAAGAGCAGUCACUCUCUUUGUCACUGGCCAGCGGGAGAGGAAGAGGAAGUAGAAGAAAACGGCAGAAGAAGAAUAAGAAGGCGGCUAAAGGAAAGAGUAGCCAUGCUCUCUGUCACCGUCGUAGGGUUUGCCCUUCCCCAUGAUAAGUGGGGAAGGUGGGUAAAAAUGUCUAUUUUGCUCAUGAAAGAAGACUAAUGCCUGAGGGUGUUAGUAUCUUUCGGAGAAUGCCACCCCGUUCCCUUGGUUCACAACGAGGAGGUAAUACAAGGCAUUAAGAGUCCUUCACAAAGUAAAAGGACCCAAGGCAGCCCAUUUUAGACACCAAAAACAGUCCAUUUUAAGAAACCCAAGCCAGGGUUGAUCCCAAGAUCAAACUAGAAGUCACACUUGUGAGAAAAAAAAACCUUUUAACACCAGUCCGCGGGCUUAGUGAUUUAGAUCUAAUGUAGACUUAUGCAAGCCUCGUACUCAGUAGUAUAGAGCCAAUAAAACCCUAUGUCGCCCUCAUGUCCAGUGGCUUAAAUCAAUAAGACCUAGAGUGAACUUGGGUCCAAUUAAGACUUUAAACAUGCCAAAUUUGAUAAAUGUAUAUAGAUGAGCUUCAUCCCAAAAAUUUGGCAAAUGGACCACUUCUCAUGAAACAUACUAAAGUAGGUAUCAUCUCAUAAUUAUCUCCAAGUUGGGCUUAUUCCAUAGUCAUGAAAAUUGCAUGAUCUACAAAUGAAGGCAUUCACUUUAUAAUUUUUUUGAAUGGGCUUCAUGUUAUAGAGUCAUAAAUUGAGUCUAUCCUAUAAAUUUAUUGAAAAUGCUUCGUCCCAUGAAUCGCAAAUGGGCUUCAUCAUACAAUUUUUUUGAAUGAGUUUCAUACUGUAAACUCGUAAAUGUGGUUUCAUUCCACAAAUCACAAAUGAGCUUCGUGCUAAGGACUUCUCGGAUAUGCCUCAUCUUACAGUCUCUCAAAUGGUCUUUCAGUUCCAUGAAUCAUAGGUCGGCUUCAUCAACAAGACUUGGUGAGUGAACUUUAUCUAUUCCAUGGACACCAAAUGAGUUAUAUAUCCCAAGAAAUUCUCAAAUAGGUCUCAUUCUAAAAGCUUGUCAAAUGAAAUUCGUCAGAUAAAUUCAACAGUGAAUGGGUUUUAUCUCAAAAUCUUGUUGAAUGGGUCCUACCUUGUGGGCACUCAAACACAUUACAUCUCAUAAACCAUAGAGGGGGGUUUAUCCCAAAAGCCAUUCGAAUAUUUUCAUUUCAGACAUUGCACAUAUAGACAGAACUCUAAAAUUUUAUAUCUAAAUCUGUUUUAUCUGACAAACUCUCAUAAUGUGUUUAUCUUUUAAACGGGAGGACUGAGAUUUAAACUCCUAAUGAACUUCAUUCCAGAAAUUUUGAAGGGCUUGUGAGCCUCAUCCGAAUUUGUACAUGGUUCAUUGAUUUUUGAAUUUUUUGAAUUUAGUGAUAUUUUAUAGUAGAUAAACAACGAUGUUAUUUAGUUAAAGUGGUUGUAAUUUAAAAAAGGCUCUGAUCAGCGGGCAAGAUCCCAAUCUGUACUGAUCCAGAAAGCAAAAUCGAUCAAAAUGGGCAAAUUCCUUUGAAAAUUAAAGCCUGGUUUCUGCCCUUUCAAAAAAUAGGGUUCAUAUUUCUAACCGCCUUCUGCCCUUCUUCUUGCCCCAUAAAAGUCCUGUCACCACAACAGGUCUCAGCAAUGGAGCACGUAUUCCCCAUCUGGGCAAGCUUAUGGAGCUCGGCGCCAGAGUUUCUCCACAAACGCGUACGCUUGGGCAUCAGAGUUUCCUCUCUGAGCCACUCUGAUGCGUGAGCAAUCCUCACAUUUUCUUUGAUGUUAUAUCUCAUACUACAUUACUUGUCCAAAGUGGGUGACUGGCUUCCGAUCUCUUCGAAUCAAUCAAUACCGGACAGGAUGGAGCUCCAGAGCCUCUCGAGUUCUCACUACCGGAGAGGUCCUUCUCCGAUCUCAGAUCCUGAAUUCUCGGAAGAAAGAAAGAUUUCUUCUAUCUCACGUGGUUUAGCUGGAAUUUUGUGUCGAUUAUUAUUUUGUUCAGAGAAGUAUCUUCUCCUGGAGAGAAAAGGGUGGAUCCGCGUGGUCAUGCACAGGCGAUCUACGCCAGGAGACGUUCUGCAGUCGUUCGUCCACGGGCUUGUGGUGGCGAGACUGGCGAAUGAAUCGAAGGCUUUGCAUGCGGAGAGCUGUCAGUGGAUGAGCAGAUACUACCCGGUCUUCAUCAGCAAGGUCUGUAAUUAUUUCUAAUCCCUGUUCCUUUUCAGUAACCACAGAUGUUGACCAUGCCACCAUAACCUCAUGUAGCUAGCAUCAAUCUCUCUCUCUCUCUCUCUCUUCUCUGUCUCUCUAUCUCUCCUCUCUCUAUUCGAAUGGGUCUGGCUUUCCAGUACAUGGGCUUCGGCCUAGCCCAUCAUCACCCCCCUUGACUUUCUGGCCUUACCCUUCAUAAAUUCUCAUCAAAUUGGUCGCCAAUUACUCUCACCAUAACCAAGCCCUUGAUCACUUUUCUAGCUACCCCUUUCGUUCACAACAUGCUUAUCCAUUUUGAUUCGAUAAUCUCAACCAGCCCAUGGAUCUGAAUCAAGGGUCGGUUCGGUUUCUCCGUUGACUUGAUGGGCAUCUUCCGAUCUACAGCUUCAGUCGUUGGGAUGGAGUACAGAGCGGCUGCUCUCUCAUUCGAUCAUCUGGAGGGCUGACUGGGUAGUCGACUCGUCGGGUGACAAGCUCGAGUAG